CAAACAAAAACAAAUAACAUCUGCUGUCGGAAAUUCAUCAAACAAUGUUUAAAAAAUCUAAACCCAAAGUAGAACCACCACCAUCAGCACCCAGUCUAGAGGAAAUGCUUGCGGAUAUUGAGUCAUUUGAAAUUCCUCAACAGGCAGGAAGCAAUGCCAGUAGUAGUGCAGCUUUGGAGCACGCCCUGCUUACAGAACCUGAAAACUUAACUCUUGAGACGUGGUGGCAAGUGUUUGACGAAUAUGACCAGAAAGUUAAGAAAUUGGCUGUAAUGGAAGGCACACUAGAUGCAAAAAAAGAAAAUUUAUUGACGUGUAAGGAUAAGCUUGAAAAGAAUGCUAAAAAUCUACGCAAGGGAAUCCAAAAGCAACAAACGUUAAUAAAAGAAGUGGUUGAUUGUUGACCCACAGAAAUUUUA